CUCGCCGUCGCGCUCUCCUAGCCUCUCUGCCGGCUCGGUGGGCUCCUCCCGGCGUCUCUCGCCUCCGGGGUCCCGCUCCCCGCCCCCCGCGGUAUGUCUUGAUCCCGAGCGGCGGGUUUCAUGGGGCUCCUCAGGAUUAUGAUGCCGCCCAAGUUGCAGCUGCUGGCGGUGGUGGUCUUCGCCGUGGCGAUGCUCUUCUUGGAGAACCAGAUCCAGAAACUGGAGGAGUCCCGGUCGAAGCUAGAGAGGGCUAUUGCAAGACAUGAAGUACGAGAAAUUGAACAGCGACAUACACUGGAUGGCCCUCGGCAAGACACAGUUUUAGAUGAGGAAGAGGACAUGGUCAUCAUUUAUAACAGAGUCCCCAAAACUGCAAGCACCUCUUUUACCAAUAUUGCCUAUGACUUGUGUGCAAAGAAUAAGUACCAUGUCCUUCAUAUCAACACUACCAAAAAUAAUCCUGUGAUGUCACUGCAAGACCAGGUGCGCUUUGUAAAGAAUAUAACAUCUUGGAAAGAGAUGAAACCAGGAUUUUAUCAUGGACAUGUUUCUUACUUGGAUUUUGCAAAAUUUGGUGUGAAGAAGAAGCCAAUUUACAUUAAUGUUAUCAGGGAUCCUAUUGAAAGACUAGUUUCUUACUAUUACUUUCUGAGAUUUGGAGAUGAUUAUAGACCAGGGUUACGGAGACGAAAACAAGGAGAUAAGAAGACCUUCGAUGAAUGUGUAGCUGAGGGCGGCUCAGAUUGUGCUCCAGAGAAGCUCUGGCUUCAAAUCCCAUUCUUCUGUGGUCAUAGCUCAGAAUGCUGGAAUGUGGGAAGCAGGUGGGCUAUGGAUCAGGCCAAGUAUAACCUAGUUAACGAAUACUUUCUGGUGGGAGUGACUGAAGAGCUGGAAGAUUUUGUCAUGUUACUGGAGGCAGCUUUGCCCCGCUUCUUCAGGGGUGCUACAGAACUCUACCGAACAGUAGGAAAGAAAUCUCAUCUUAGGAAAACUACAGAGAAGAAACUACCCACUAAACAAACCAUUGCAAAAUUACAGCAGUCUGACAUUUGGAAAAUGGAGAAUGAGUUCUAUGAAUUUGCGCUCGAGCAGUUUCAGUUCAUCAGAGCCCAUGCCGUUCGAGAAAAAGAUGGAGACCUCUACAUCCUUACACAAAAUUUUUUCUAUGAAAAGAUUUACCCUAAAUCGAACUAAGUACACAGUGUGACUUGGAUUCUGGAACUAAAACUGUUUUACUGUAGUUCUAAGCUCCACAACUUGGAGUUUAGGUGUAAAGCAAAUUGUAUUGACCCAAGUUAUGAAUAGACAUUGAUAUCAAGGAAAUUAUGCUGGCUGAUACUGUCAGUGUUUUAAGAAGUUUAAGUUUCAGGGUUUAUCUUAUGUUUGUUUGUGUAUAUUUUCUUGUUAAAUUUUGGUGGGAGUUAGACAGCCUCCUACAUGGGGAAAAACCUUCACCUAAAAUAUGAACGUAUGGCAGAUCUAAUCAAGAGGCUAAAUACAAUUUCAGAAAAGUUUCUGAUACUCUUUUUGAUGGAGCAUUCUUUCAGUGAAUCGCAAAUGAAUCCCUUUGCUGCUUCACCUUUGCGUGGAGGUUUGGGCUACACACCUUGACUGGAUAGUGUUGAGAACUGGCUGGCAGUGUGCUUUGUUUUUGUGAGUCCUGUGCGAUGGCCUUUAUUGGACUGUUCAGUCUGUUAGCUAAGAAAUGGUUCUGCUGUGGUUGGGCUUGUCCAUACUUAUGUAGGUUGUUUUAAUUUUUUUAAAUGACUAGUAGUGUUAAAAACUAAUUUUAAACCGUUACUAAUACUGUAAAAAGAUAGUCAAAGCAGUAUUUUUAUUCUUGUCUUCCCAUUAUCCAAGAUUGGGAAGCCACUGAAAAGAAUGUUGGCAUUGCCUGAGUUUGAGCGUAAGCUCCCACACAGUGAUGUCAGGGAAGGAAUUUUUAGUAUUUGUUUCUCCGUGGAUAAUUUGUAAUAGCUGUAAACCGAAAGAUCAGUAAUUCCAUAUUAUGACUCCGUUAGUGAGCUGUGGUAUGGGUAGGAUUUUCCUACGUCUUCUGUACUUUUAUCUUGUAGAAUAUUUUUACUAAGGUGCUUUAUAAUGUGUUUUAAAGCAUUGCAUUUACAAAAAAAAAAAAGGAAAAUGCUGUAUAUAUUGCAUAUUUUAUGUAUUUGGACCAAAAGGUUACAAGUAAUUAGGGGGAAAGUGGUCUUGCACCAAUUUUAUUGUGUCUAGUAAAACCAUGAGAGCUACUGUUCUUGUAUUUCUCAUUUAACUGUACUGUUAGACAUCACUGACAUGAUCCUCAGUACCUUUCACUUUCGAUACACAGUACAUUGUUCACAAUUGGAAGCAGUAGUUAUAAUGAGAAGGAGUCAGAAAACAUGAUUUCUAAUUCGUGUUGUGCCACUUCCCAUCUGUGACCUGGGGCAAGUCACUUACGCUCUCCUUGCCUUGAUUUCCUCAUCUUGAGGAGGGGAUAAUGGGACCUGCUGCACCUACCUCACGAGGUGUUGUGAGGAGUCAAUGAGCUGGCAUGUGAAAGCACUUUGAAAACUGUAGGCGCUCUAUAAAAUGUAUUAUUGUAGAAACAUCCCUAACCAACAGUUCCAUACCUUUUUUAUUUUAUUUUAUUUUCGCACAAGAAGGGACCGUCCACUUAAAAGCUGGUUAAAAAAAAAGUUAAUCUUGGCAUAAAUUCGUGUUGGAUAAAGAUUGGCUCAGUGUUUUCUCUCUUGCUGCAGUAGCUACUGCCGUAGGGAACACCUGUGAACUCUGACUGCUCUGAGCAGCUGCUGGGCUCAGAAGGGCCCCUGCUUGGAACAGACCUCGUUAGCGCCCGGGAGCAGGGGGCGUGGCUUUCCCAAGCAGAUGGGUCUGUCUGUUUAUGUUACAUAACCUUUCAGAAACAGGAGCGAUUUCAUAGCUAUGGUUUUCUAAGGUGGAUUUUGCAGAGCCUGCGUUCCCUGUGCAGUCUUGACUUUCUUCCCUUUCUUGCCAUAACAGAUCGUUUUACAAGUAGAUUUUCUACAAGGAUAAUCUUUAAUGUGCUGAGUUGAAUACACCAACUGUAAACAUUUUAGGCAAAUUGCCUUAAACAUUAACUGUAAAAGUGGGGAGGGGGAAACACGAUCCAAAAACAUUUAACAUUUCAAAGGGGAAAAAACACAAUUAUGUUGGUUAAAAAACAAAAAACGUAAUCAUUUUUUGACUCUUUUCCUCCAAUAAUAUGAUAAUAUUAAGAGAACAUAGCCAAGCAUACUUUUCUGAUUUGGCUUCCUGUUUCCUCUCACUCUAUGCCCCUCCUUCCCUUCCACCCACCUUUCUUCUCUCUCCCCCUCUCAAUAUGUUCACUAACUUUUGUGGGUAUUUUUUGAAAAUAUACAAAUUAUUUCCUUGCUCAAAAGGAAAGUACCACUUUAAGGUGAGAAUAUUUGAUGUUUGCCUGCUAAUGAACUCCCAGUAUGCAGGUUAUUCUUGGGUGGGAAUACAAGCUAAAGUCGUCCAGAGGUGCAGUAACUCUUAGGUAACUAAGGUAGCGCCUAGUACACUAGGCUCCAGGGAUCAGUAAGUUUUGUUUUGUUUUUCCCCGCCCGGAACAACUUUAUUUCAGACUAGGCCAUGAACUCCUAGGGGAUGGGCCCAAGCAGCUCGGGCUGCUUCCCAUUGGUCCGCACAGUGGGCCUCGAGCUGCAGCCGCAGCCAGCUGCCCUUCUCCUUGGCCGCCGCCUCCUGGUCGUUCUCCUUCCUGCGAGUCAGGAAGAGGGCUCCAGGUGCCCCAUGCGCACCUUGAUUCCUCUGAGCGAGGAUCUGGCCCUCACCUUGCUUGGUCUCAACAUUGCCACGGCGUGCGGGGCCACGCUGUAGACGCGUCCAGGUUUGCGGUGGUAGCAUUAGUGCGACAUCCCCUUCUGAACAGUGCCCGUGCCCUUGAUGUCCACGAUGACUGCUUUCUUGUGGAGUCGCAUGUAUGUGGUCAGGGGAACCACGCCGUGCUUCCCAAAGGGCCUGGAGAAACAGGUAGCGGAUGCCCCUCUUUCCCUUGGUUUUUGUCCGUCAUUUGGGCAGGUCACUGCAAGACGAAGGUUCUGACGGAAAAGCAAGGGGGUUUUUUGGUGAAGGGCCAGAGUGAGUAUUUUAAGUUUUGUUGGACAUAAUGGUCUCUCUCUUAGCUAUUCAGCUGUGCCAUUGUAGUGCAGAUCAACCAUAGACAAUACAUAAAUGGGCAUUAUGUGUUCCAAUAAAACUUUAUAAAAACAGGUGACAUGUCAGAGCUGGCCUGUGGCCUGCAGUUCACUACUCGCUGUUCUAGAGAAACCCUUCUUUAUGGGGAAAUCGUUUUUUUUAAUCUGUACUCUAGUGGCCUAAAAUGAGUUUAUAUGCUUUGAAAAACUCCCAACGUAUCCAAAGAAUAGAUUUCUGAUUCAUGUGGUCUCACCCACAAAUUCAUAAACUUCUACGACUUCGAUUGCUUCUGGGUGGGCAUGUUUUCUUUCCCAGUUUAAGAGUUCAAUAUAGAAGUAUUCAUUCUGUCAUCAUUUAGGAUGGGUUUGUGUCCUUCCUGGAGGCUGAGAAAGGGUGGAUUUCAUUCCAUCGGGUCCAUUGUAGUCCUGGAAGCCUGACUAGUGCAGAGUCCUUAAAACCCUAACUUCAUAAUCAAUUAUAUAAAUAAAUAGAAUCAAUGAGACAACGAUGUAUUUUUUUAAAGUGGCAAAUGUGGUUUUCUUUUUUCAACCUUUGCGCUUUUUCGGUAUUUUGAUCUUAGGGAGAUAUCUUUUUUAUAAUACAAAAGUAAAUUAACCACCUUGGAUUUUAAAAGAGGUUAUGUGUGUAUGUGUGUAUAUCUAUAUAUGUUCAUUUCCUAAAAGAGGAAAAGAGUAUCUUUUUGUUUAACUUGAAUGACCUCCUCUGUUUUCUAAUUAUUGUGAAAUGUCAACUGUUGAUAAAUUAUUGUGACUUUUAAAAUGUAAUGGGAGGAUAUAUUCUGAUUUUAUCCAGCUUUAAUAUGUAAACUAUCACUUAAAUAUAUAUGAUAGCAACACUUAAAAUACUGCAUGGGAUUACUUUUGUAUCAUCCAUAUGCAUUUGUGCAACUCUGAGUGUAUUGGGUGCUCCUGGACUCCUGACAACUGGAUGCAAAGUAUUGAAAAUCAGAGAACUUCAAUGUGCCGACUUCAUAAAUCUUUCAUUUUAUCUUCUGUUCUUUAAAUUCAGCCAGUGUCUGUCAUUUGAAAUUUGUUGCUCUUUCUCAAUUGAUGUUUUAUCAGGAAUUCCUGUAAUUGUUAGUGCCAUCCGUGAUUUACACACAGUAUUUUGAUAUCGCAGAUGAUUUGCUCAUUGUAUUUGCAUAAUUAGAAAAUAGUUUGUAGACAAUGGUUCUCUUUUCUAAAUAAAAUAAAAAUGCCAAAGGCACUAGAGAAUUUAAA